UCCGGUGGUUUACCGGCGGCGUCUGAUGAGGUUUUAUUAGCCGUUGCUAUGGUAACCACUUGUUUUGCCUAACUCCUGCAUAAGGUGCAGGACAUUGAAACGUACUCUUCUGCUCUUCUGGUGGUUUUCUGCUGUACCAAAGAAGGUGGAGAACGAUGUCGUUCCCGGACCACAGCUCCCAGCUGGGUGUGAGACCCGAUUUGAAAAACAUUGAAGUUAUGCUGAAUCACUCUGAGGUCUUCAGGGCAGAGUGUAAAGGGCUGAUCCAGGAGACUGACAAAGCAUGGCGGCGCAUGCAAAAUGAUGAUCAAAAGAGACUCGAUCAGCGGGUCAGAGAUAUCCAGUUUCUGAUAAAAGAAUUGCAGCUAAAGCUGGAGGAGGUCAUUCUGGAGACUGAUGCUCUUAUAACUUUACAGAGCAGUGUUGUGAAGGCUCUGGAGGGCACCAAAGAGCCUCUGAGAGUCACUGUUCUCUGUCUGGAGGAGAGGUGCUUGACAGUGACUCCAAAGCAGUGGGAGAACAUUUCAGAUAUCAACAUAGCUAAAGCAGAGCACCAGAAGACCAACUCUGAGUCCAUGAGGGCCCUGGUGCAGUCUGUCCUGGAGCAGACAGCUGCUGACAUGCAGAAGCAGUUCCAGGCAACAACAACUGCCUUCCAGACACAUAUCCAGGAAAUCAAGUCUGCCAAGAGCCAGAUGGAAGAGAAACUGCCGGAGAUUCUGUCUGAGAUACACACGUUUCCCAUCAGUCCCCUCUUCCUCUGCUUUGUGCACAUCUAA